CACUCCACACAAGACUAGUAUAAAUAACAAGUAUGUUUUGAAGAAGAAGCCACACACUACAGUUUACAAAUCUAACAAAUGUGCUCUAUCUUAUGUUCAAAGCUUGGUUGGGAAAACAAAGUUGAAGCAAAAACCACAAUGUCGACUUCAGAGUAUAAGAAGCUGGGUUACAACAAAAAGAUGCUCUUAAACUAUGUUCCUGUCUAUGUGAUGCUUCCGUUGGGAGUGGUUUCGCCUAAAAAUUCAUUCAAAGACGAGGAAGGAACCAGGAUGCAACUACAAAAGCUUAAAGAAGCCGGUGUGGACGGAAUAAUGGUGGACGUAUGGUGGGGAAUUAUAGAAUCCAAAGGUCCAAAGCAAUAUGAUUGGAAGGCUUAUCGACGUUUAUUCCAAGUUGUACAAGAAUGUGGCCUCAAAAUCCAAGCUAUUAUGUCUUUCCACCAAUGUGGAGGCAAUGUUGGGGAUAUUGUCUUCAUUCCACUCCCUCAAUGGGUUCUCGAUGUUGCCAAAUCCAACCCCGAUAUCUUUUAUACCAAUCUAUCUGGUGUUAGGAACCCCGAAUAUCUUAGUCUUGGUGUCGAUAAUGAGCCUCUCUUUGGAGGAAGAACACCUAUCCAGAUCUAUAGUGAUUUCAUGAAGAGUUUCAGAGAGAAUAUGUCAGAAUUCUUUAAAGCAGGAACCAUAGUGGACAUAGAAGUAGGUACUGGUCCAGCAGGGGAGCUACGUUACCCUUCUUAUCCAGAGACUCAAGGAUGGAGUUUUCCAGGAAUUGGAGAAUUUCAGUGCUAUGACAAAUAUUUGGCAGAAGAUUUCAAGAAAGCAGCAACAGAAGCAGGGCAUUCUGAAUGGGAGUUACCUACUGAUGCUGGUAAAUACAAUGACACCCCUGAAGAAACAGAUUUUUUCAGAAGAAAUGGAACUUACAAAACUGAUAAAGGUAUCUUCUUCUUGACUUGGUACUCCACCAAGUUGAUACUCCAUGGUGAUCAAAUCUUGGAAGAAGCUAACAAAGCAUUUCGCGGUUGUAAACUCAAGUUAGCAGUUAAGGUAUCAGGAAUUCAUUGGUGGUUCAACUAUCAUUGUCACGCGGCUGAGCUGACUGCAGGGUACUAUAACUUGUAUGGCACUAGAGAUGGAUAUCGGCCAAUUGCAAGGAUGCUAACUAGGCACAAUGCCAUCUUGAAUUUUACAUGUCUUGAAAUGAGGAACACUGAACAGCCUGCUGAAGCUUGUAGUGAUCCACAAGGACUUGUUCGACAGGUAUUAAGUGAUGCAUGGAAAGAGAGCAUCAAAGUUGCAGGUGAAAAUGCACUUCCUAGAUAUGACAGCACAGCUUACAACCAAAUCCUGUUGAAUGCUCGACCCAAUGGUCUAAACAAAAAGGGGGCACCAGCACUGAAGAUGUUUGGGUUUACUUAUCUUCGUGUGUCUGACGAUCUGCUAGAGAAGAACAACUACAAGAUUUUUAAGAAGUUUGUCAAGCGAAUGCACGCUAACCAAAAAUACUGUCCAGACCCAGAAAAGUAUGGAAACCUUAUUGAUCCGUUAGGACCAUCAAAGCCGAGGAUUCCAAUUGAUGAUCUUAUGGACGCGACAAAACCAACUGAGCCUUUUGAAUUUGAUCAAAAGACUGAUAUGAGUGUUGAUGGUUCACUUUCUGCCUUUGUAGCCAAACUCAACUGUUUCAUGCCUUGCCUAUUCUAAUCAGUGUAUGACUCAAACCAGGCCACUUCGAUCUUCUAGGUCUCGUUUCAUGUAUCUGAUAAAUAAAAUGAAGAGAAGUUGUUGACAGGCUAAA